UUCCAUGCCCUUUAGAGUGGCAAGGUGGGUGCGCAGACUUUUCUAAGGCGGGACGAAUCGAUCUACUUUAUUUCAUAAUAAAUAUUGCCACGUGACCAUGUCUUAAUAAGAUGUUCAUUUGAAAUGGUAUCAGAUAUUUCUACAGGACGGGCGGCUUCCGGAAUCUUUUUCAGCGGAAUUGUUUGCAAAGAAAUUAUGGAAUAGUAUUAAAAAUACUAUCGUCACUGUGCUCCGUAUUUCAAAACCAGCAAUUAUUCCUGAGAAGGACAACCAUCUACGUAUAUCAUCAAAUGAUGAAGGUUUUUCUUGCUAAACGUUGAUGCUCACAGCCUGGACAACAUAUUUUAAGCACAUACGAUUUGUAGUGCGCACGAAGAUGGCUGAACAUCAUGUUAGAGAGUAUGUAAAACGUGUAGCGUCUAUUGAUAUCGAGAACUACCCAGAAUGGGAUCUUACGAAACCACUACCAAAACUUCCUGUUCCGGAGCUUAAGCAAACGUUGGACACAUAUCUUUCCGUGAUGAAAAGCGUUAUAACUGAAGAAGAAUAUAGAAGGACAAAAAUAAUUGUUGAAGACUUCGGAAAACCAAGAGGUUUAGGGGAGAUGCUGCAAGAAAAGUUGAAAAAGUAUUCUGAAACAGUUGAAAAUUGGUCCUAUUCCUGGUGGUUAGAUGACAUGUAUAUGAAGGCCCGUCUUUCGCUUCCCAUCAACUCCAAUCCUGGUAUGGUGUUCCCUCGACAGCACUUUGAAAACAGAAACCAGCAGUUAAGAUAUGCGGCAAGGCUAAUAUCAGGAAUUUUAGAUUACAAAACAAUUAUAGAUGCUAAAGUUCUUCCUGUUGAUCGAUGUCGUCACAAAAUAAAAGGCCAGCCGCUGUGCAUGGCACAGUAUUAUAGGUUGUUUACAUCAUACCGUGUUCCAGGCAAGACAAAGGACUGUCUUGUCACAAAUUCUUCUCGUGAUGGAGACACAGAUCAUAUUAUUGUAGCAUGCAAAAACCAGUUUUUCGUACUUGAUCUCGUAUUAAACUUCCAACGACUGAGCGAAGAUGAUGUGUUCACACAACUAGAUCGUAUUGCAGAAAUGGCAGAUGAAGGCGUUGAAAAUGCAGAAUAUAUUGGUGCUUUGACGGCGGCUCCACGAACAAACUGGGCUACUGCGAGAGAACAUUUAAUGCAAGAUCACGUGAACAGAGCUUCAUUGGAGCAGAUUGAGAGGUGUAUGUUUAUUCUGUGUCUAGACAGAAGUAUACCGAUAUCAUUUAACCAUCAGAGAAGUAUUGACGAGACCAGCAUGAAUGUGAGAGAUGAUGUGUCUCUUUUAUGCCAAAUGCUUCAUGGGCAAGGAAGUAAAGUUAACAGCUGUAACAGAUGGUAUGAUAAAACUAUGCAGUUCAUCAUUUGUCAAGAUGGUGCAUGUGGACUGAACUAUGAACAUUCUCCCUCAGAAGGUAUUGCAGUUGUCCAGCUCAUAGAACAUCUUCUGAAAUACAUGCAAGAAGUACACGAAAAGAAGUUACGACGUAUGCAGUCUCUGUGUGAGCUACCACAACCACUCAAAUUGGAAUGGAAACUGUCAGAUAUUGUCCGUACGGAAAUAAAAGCAGCUGUCACUAGCAUGAACAUAGCUAUAGCGGACCUAGACCUUUAUGUUCUUCGUUUUGAUCAUUUUGGAAAGGAGUUUCCAAAAGAAAAUAAUAUGAGUCCUGACUCCUUUAUCCAGUUAGCACUGCAGCUCACCUAUUACAAAAUCCAUGGAACACUUGUGUCAACAUAUGAGAGUGCAUCGACGCGCAGAUUUCAUCUAGGACGUGUUGACAACAUCCGGGCAAAUUCGACAGCAGCUUUAGAAUGGGUUAAGGCCAUGGUAGCAAAGAAUGAAUCAACGGAUGAAGAGAAAAUGGGACUGCUUAGGAAGGCAAUGGCUUGGCAAACCAUGAUAAUGACUCAGACAAUUCUUGGAAAUGGAAUGGAUUGUCACUUACUUGGCUUACGAGAAAUUGCGACUGAUCAGCAUGACACUGUACCUGACAUAUUCACUGACGAGACCUACAAGAAAUCCAAUCAUUUUACGUUGUCCACUAGCCAGGUGAACACGACAAUGGAUACAUUCAUGUGUUACGGACCGGUAGUACCGGAUGGUUACGGCGUUUGUUACAACCCACAUCCUCAUGACAUCAUCGUCUGCAUCACAGCAUUUAAAUCGAACGCAGAGACACAAUCUGAUUAUUUUGCAUACACUCUCGAAGGAAGCCUUCUGCAGAUGCAGGAGCUGUGUAGGAAGACGACUGAAGAUUUAGAAAACCUUACGGAAAAACUUCGGAAUACUUCGGUAAAAAAUGGGCCAAAUUCUGCCGGAAAUGGUUUUAUAGAACAUAACAAUGUCUCAAAGAACCACUGUGUCAACGUGUUACAAGGCGAAGGAAAUGUUAGGAAGCCAACCAACUGAUGAAUAGCGGGAGAAGGGAGAAAAAUAUUUUGCAAUGUAUUAUUUGAUGUAAAAAAGUUUGUCUGUAACUCUGUGUUAUCAAAAUAUGAAAAGAUUUGUAGCGUAUCUAAAUAUUACAUCAACAGUGUCUAAAACACUUGUAUCAUUGACCGAUUCACUAUAGAGAACUGACCAAACUAUGAUCAUAAUCUUUAAAGUGGAAUUACACCACGUAUUUAAAAAAAAAUAAUGUCAUGUAAGAGAAAAUUAUUUCACGUUACUAUUUGAAGAAUGAAAACAUGCAGAUGUUUUUAAAGAAUUACAUAGAUUUUUAUUAUUGGCAUUAUGUAAGAUUCAUUCAUAAUUAAGUGUGAUAUGUUGUAUAGUAAUGUAAUUAAGAUAAAUAAUGAAAAUAUAUCUAGUAUGCAAACAAAGCAAAAAGGUCAGACAGCUUAAAUUAAAUAAGACGGGUUUGUCUCUGUAUGAUGUAUUUGGUAUGUAUUUUUACUGUUGAGAAAGAUAAUGUUCCAAAGUCUAUCACUGUAACGUUAUAUUCUGAAAAUCUCCGCAGGCUCAGCAGAUAUAUCAAACCUCUUGAGAAAAUAUAUACCAGCUGACUUCAUAGUUUAUCAAAUUGCUUUGUUACUCCUCUAGGUUCAAAAUAUUUGGAGGUUAUAUUGGAGUCAUGCACAUCCGUCCAUCGUGUCCGCCCCAUAUUUUCUUUAUCGCUGGAAAGAUUUUAAUAAAACUAGCUUCAGUUGUUACCCCCAUCAAGACGCACAAUACAGGUCACUAGCACUAAGAUCUAGUUCACACUUGGAGUUUAAAAGGCAGAUAUCUUAAUUUGGGUUUUGCUCCAUAUCUUCUAAACCACUGGCAAGAUUUUCAUAAAACUAGCAUAAGAUUUUAUACUCCUCAAGACGCCACGCAGACCAGACAACAUGGGUCUCUAGGUCCAAUAUUAAAGUUAUACCUGGCGAUCAAACUUAGGGCCCAAAGAUCAAAUACCUUAAAUGUUCAUAAAACUAGCAUCAUUUGUUAGCCCUAUCCACAACAUGUACUGUACAUAAUCCAGUUUAUAAGGUUCAAUGUCAAGGCCGCACGAAGAGGUCAAAGAUCAAAUUCCUUAAUUUCUUGUCCGCUCCAUAUCGUUUUCUACACUGGAUGGAUUUUCAUAAAAUUACAAUCGAUAGUUUACGUCAUUGAGACGAUGUGCAGGGCAUAUGAUUUUGGUAAUUAAGUUCAAGGUAUAGGUCACAGAAUUCAAAGAUAAAAUAGCUUAAUUUUGUGUCCUCUCCAUAUCUUUUUAACCACCGAAACAAUUUUCGUUGAAUUAGCACCUGUUAUUAGCCUCACCCAGACGACAUGUAGAGUGCACUACUAGAUCAUCAGGUUCAAGGUCAAGGCCGAACUUAGAGAUUAAAGAUCAAAAAGCUUCAUUUUUGUUCGCUCCAUAUCUUCUUCAACACUGGAAGGAUUUUCAUGAAACUAGCAUCAAUUUUUAAACGUCUACAAGACAAUGUGUAGAGCGUAUGACUUGUGUCACAAAAUUUAAGUUCAGGUCAUACUGCUUAAAUCUGUGUCCGCCCCGUAUCUCGUCAAUUGUAGACCUCAUCAUGACGACAUGCAUAGUGCACAACCCAGGCCGUUAGGCAACAUUUCAAGUUCAAAGAUCAAAUAGCUUAAUUCUGUAUCCGCUCUAUGUCUUCGAAACCACUGGAAGGAUAUUCAUAAGAGUAGUAUCAAUUGUAAACCUCAUGACGACAACUUGUACAGUGUACAACCUCAGUAGGUCCGAGGUCAAGGCCAGUGUCACACAUGCAAGUCAAAGGUCAUGAGAUUACAGCAUUUAACUGAGGUUUUUACUUUGUCAAUCAAAGGCAUUUUAUUAGAAGUAGACAAUAUACACUUUUUAUCAUUAUUACAUUAUUACAGCAUUUAGUGUUUUUGUUCAACGAGGAACUUAAUCGUUCAGUAAAUAAUCAAAUGUGAUAUACAUGUAUAAAAUACGUUCAUUAUUGCUGUUGCAUUAUAUAUGUAUUAUUUAUUGUUAAUAGUUGAUAUGGUUGUUACGAACUGUAUUGUUAAUUGUAUACUAACAUUCCCAACAAAAUAACCUGCCCAAAGAUCGAAAUUAUCGGAUGUAGUCCAUAUGUUUAGCAUAUUAUUAGUACAGUGUAUUUCAGGAGUUUAACCUGACAGUUGUAACCAUUCAUGAUGUAUUUAUCCAACAUGCCAAUUAUAAAUUGCAACAAUAUGUAUAUUUUGUUUAAUGUUAUGAAAAGUUGGUAAAUUCAAAAACGUAUGACUUGUUUUAUCACCCAUUAGUAUGUUGUGAACAGGAAUAUGACUUGGUAAUCGUCUGUCUUCCGGAAAUGUUUUAUCAAAAACGAGAAAAGCUACUUCCCGGGAACGCAGUGUUAAGCCUCACAUGUAAUGAACCAAUAGACAAAGUCAUUUGGAAAAAUCACAAUAUUUGGUUGAAAUAUGACUUAAGCUUCGGUCGUACAUUCUGGUAUGUACUUAUAUUAAACUUGAUAUGAUGGUUUCAAAAUAAGUAUUCAUAAUUCGUCGUACAUAUUGUUCUGUGUAUUUAUUUAUUGGAAAACAUCAUUCACCCUGUCACAACUCAACCGCAAGGUCUUAUAUUGUAUUAUCAAACCUUUUACCUCACCUGAGAUGUUUUACUGUUAACAUACAAUUUGCACAAGUCCUAAUGAAAGUUCAACACUGGGUGAUCAAAAAAUAGGUCCCUCGAUUAAAACAUGGAAAGACUUUGUUAACACUUCAGCCACACACUGAACUUGAUCUUCCAACAAAAUUACUUGUUUAAACCUCGGUUACGUCAGCUCAAGCACUAGGCAACCAUCAUAGAAAGACCUUGAAGUCACUCUAGAGGCCGCAUAUUCUACAUACUCAUCGUGUUUUUGUCACACUGUUAGUUUAUGAAAUAUUGGAUAAGUUUAAAAUCGAUUACCUACUUGACCAUCAUAAGUUCUGUUUGAUAUUUUUCUCCAUAAAAUCUAUUAUAAAUGUACUAGAAAUAGAAAUUGAAAACUAUGUUACCAGACAUAAACAAAGUCGUUUGGUUAAUUCAAAGAAGCAAACACUUUGAAUAUUCCUGACGUCAGAUUUCAACUUGAUCUUUGACCUUUAUGAGAAUGCUUGUAUCUGUGAAAUCUGGGUCAAGUUUUAGUUUCAAUAAAUCUACGUCAAGUUCAGCUGUGUUUCAUAACGUAAAAAAAAUCUA